UCUCUCUCUCUCUCUUUCAACCGCAUUCAGAACUGCCAUUUUUUCACAUUGCCGGAAUUUUACAUAUCUCCAUUUUACAGUCACAAUUCUUCCCAGUCAAUUCAUUUCCCUGUCAACUCUGCAGAUCUCAUCAAUGGCGUCAAUUUCUCGAACCCUCGCUCUAGUCCUCUUCUUCUCAAUCCAAUUUUCCGCAUACGCCGCUCUCUCUGCUGAUUCUCCCUCACCUUCCCCUUCUCUUCCUCCCCAACCGCCUCCCAACGAAAUCUCUCCGCCGCCUGCCGCCGCCUCCUCAUCCGCACCCUCGCCUUCCCCCUCAUCCAUCUCCUCCCCUCCGGCGCCACCGCCCUCAGAUCCCGCUCCGAACUCACCUUCUCCUUCUCCUUCUCCUGCGCAGAAGAAGUCUCCAUCACCGGCGCCGAACGUCGCCGGAGACACUAGCAACGAGGAUCAGAUCAGUGCGGGUAAUUUAGAGUCGGAGAAGGAGUCCUCCGGUGGGAUGAGCGGCGGACAGAAGGCCGGCGUAGCAGUCGGAGUUAUCGCUGGAGCGUGCAUAGUAGGCGCCGGCGCGUUGCUGUACAAGAAGCGGCAGCAGAACAUCCAGCGGUCGCAGUAUGGGUACGCCGCCAGGAGGGAGAUUCUGUAGAUUUUUUUUCUCUACCCGUAUAAACUCUCUGUAUCUAUAUCUAUAUAUAUAGUACACGUAUACUCAAAUCAAAGUGCUUGAUUUAUAAUUCAGCAUUAUUCUUCCAUAGAUGUACCUGUGCUUGUACUCGAGUGAUUUUCUUAAUUCUUUGAUGCUUAAUAAAUAAUGAGUUGUUACUUCA